UAGACCCUUCUCAAAUUAUAUGCAUACCUGGAAUUCCAGAAUCAGAAUGAGGCUUAACUGGCACGAAUGUAAACACACUGACCACUCUUAUCUCACUUUAUAGCCAUGAUGUCUGGUGUUAACACGAAACGUUCUAAUUAUCAUUGUUGUGUGCCUAUGUGCAAUUCUGAUGGUAGAUAUGAUUCUACAAUUCAUUUUCAUCAUAUUCCAAAGGAUAAAGAUUUAAAAAAACAAUGGAUAACUAAGAUAAGAAGGGAUGAAGGGCCAUUGUUUAAGGUAACUGCAUCUACUGUGGUGUGUUCCAAACAUUUUAAAACUGAGGAUUACAACUGGACACCACUAAGAAAGAGACUGAAAAAUGAUUCUAUUCCAUCAGUUUUUAAUUGGGUAGAACAAACAACUCCAAGAAGACCAUUGAAAAGAAAAAUUCUUUCACCAAAGAAAAUGCUCAUUGAAAGUAGUGUCCAUAAUGAAGACGAGGAAGAUAUUACAACAAGCACUGAUUGCCUGCCAUCUACAUCUGUGUCUUCAGAAACAGACGAGGAAAGUGAUAUUAAAAGGCUGAGGUUAGAACUGGUCGAGGCCAAAAAAAGAUGUCAAGACCUUGAGGCUCAGCUGAGCUUAGAAAAAUUUGGCAUUGAGCGAUUCAGUAAAGACGAUUCACUCAUGCUGUUUUACACAGGAUUUACUUCUUACAAACAUUUUUAUUUAUUUUAUCGUUGCGUUGAACCAAACGCAAAAACUAUGGUCAGUGCAUAUUACCAGGGAACACCUACAUUUAGUUUAGCUGGAAGAAAACGGAACAUGUUAUUAAUUGAUGAACUGUUUAUGUUCUUAUGCAGAUUAAGGGUAGGUCUAUUAGAACAAGACCUCGGUGUCAGAUUCAACUGUUCUAUAUCGACUGUUAGCCGAAAAAUAAUAACAUGGGUUAACUUUCUGUAUAUGGUUUUGGGCAGGAUACCACUUUGGAUGUCUCGGGAAGCUAUUGAUGAAUGCAUGCCCGAGUGUUUUAAAGUACUGUAUCCAAAAACAAGAGUUGUGAUAGAUUGUACGGAAAUUAAGACUCAGCAGCCUUCAUCUCUUGUUUUAAAUUCUCAGAUGUAUUCAAAUUACAAAGGGUCAUGCACAUUUAAAUGUUUGCUUGGUGUAGCACCCCAUGGGCUUAUAACAUUUGUGUCACCAUUAUAUACUGGAUGCAUGUCAGAUGUUGAGAUCACUAAACUUUCUGGUCUCCUUGAACUUCUGGAAAAUGGAGAUGAUGUGAUGGCUGACAAAGGAUUCACAUUGAGAAAGAUACUUUCAGAAAGGGGGGUGACAUUGAAUAUACCAGUAUUUUUAAAAAAUAAAGGCAAAUUUACACUAGAAGAAGUGAAAGAGACUGAGCAAAUAGCCAAACUUAGAAUUCAUAUAGAAAGAAUUAACCGUAGAAUUAAGGAGUAUCACCUGUUUGACACACCUAUUCCAUUAUCUCUUGCUGGUUCUGUCAACCAGUUAUGGACAGUAGCGUGUAUACUUGCUAAUUUUAAAGGACCAAUAGUACAAUCAUGGACAAAAUGA